UUUGAAAUCAGUAAUCUCCAAUACCAUAGCAGCGGGGAUGCUUUCUAUGGUAAACUUUCCUAAUACAAUAGAUAUAUUUCAGGCACAUCAAGAAUUAAGCUGGAUAUAAAUUACUUAAUCCUUCAGAAUGAAAAUGGAUAUACUGCUUGUGUUAUACAGUAAUAUUCAAUUUCUCUUAAAUGAAAUACUGAUGGAACUGUUGAGAAACAGGAUAAACAAUAACAUCUUAUUAGAAAUGAUGACAUUUAAAAAAUGUAUGAAAAUCUAAAACACAUUAUCAUAUCUUUUUGAUAUUGAAAUAUAACUUUUAAUGCAUCUGAGAAAAUCAUCGAACAAGAAGAGGAAAGGCACCACAGGGAAAGCACGGAGACUAGAUUCCAUUAUAGCAAACAUCAAUUAUAAAAACUAACACCUAAAAUGGAUGCCUCAUUUGAUGAGAUGACCAAGAUGUUGGUGUGCGACUUCCCUCUCAUCUCAUUUCAUAUACAAAAUAUCGGCCCAAAUGGAGAAUAUUUUGUUAUGGAAAAUGAGGGGAUCACAGAUACGCAUAAUAUAGCAUUUAACCAGAACCACGAAAAAUCCAACAGAAAAACUGUCUUUGAACGACAAGUUGGAGCUAGAAAUAUGAUAUUUGACAAGCACCAGAAAAAGCAUGAACAAGAACUUAAGAUUCAAAUUGAACAAACGAUGAAACAUAUUCAGGAUGUGAAAAACGAAACUGAAUGUGAUUAUCGCAUACUGGAGAUGGACAAAAAGAAAUAUCUUAUUGAUGGUGGAAACAAAAAGAAAUAUGGAAAUGUGGAAUUUGGCGAAAAUGGAAUUGAGUCAGAUUUGAAUAACUCCGAUAGAAUCAUGAUGAACUUUUAUAAAACAAAAUCAUCUUAUUUAGAUAAAGAUAACGUAAUACCCGUGAGAAAGAUCUCACUACCAGAUAAGUUACCAUCAGCUGUGGCAGAUGCCAGAAAAAUAAUGCGAAGAAAAAGUUUGGACAGACAGGCUGAUGCGAUCAAAGCAAAAAUUACCCCAAGGCUGAAUCUUUCAAAUCUAACAGACUCGACAUACAAAUCAUCAUCCACUGAUUCUUCCAGCCCGAAAUCUGAGGAAUUUUUUAUCAACCAUUGUGAGGAUGAUACCAACCCCAAACACAUACAAAGCGGGAAACACGAAAGCUUACAAGCCGACAUAGAGAGAUACGAUGAUCACAAUUCUAAACUCUUGCUUCCUCCUAUAGAAUCACAAAGUUUCUUGUCCCCAAGAUGUCCAGCCUUUAAUCCCAUAAAAUUACAGGACGCUGUCAGUGAUUUUAUAAAAGGGAGUGUGACUCACAGAAGCAACAGCCAAAACAACCGAAAAAGCACGAAUUAUGAAACCCAUGGUAGAAAUGGUGAUUCAAGAGAUGACUCUAUGAUUAAAUAUUCAAGUAACAAUCCCAAAGUUUUAAGAAAAUCACUAAGUACAAAGGAGAGACUUCUCCAACAAUCUCUAAGAAAAAGUAAAGAAAAGGCAGAAGAAGACUCAAAAGUCCUCCAAAAUAAGGUUGAAUCCUUUUUGAAAACAUUUGAACACAAGUCAAAAACAUUAUCAGACUUUCAUAAAAUGGGUAUAGAGGACCAGAAUAAAAGCAAAGAUGAGAAGCCCAGAAUCAUAACACGGAGUCAAUCUAGGAUGUCUUCGAAACUCCGACCAAACAUGUCAGUUUAUGACAGAGCAAUGGCAAACUGGAGACGAGCUAUAAAUAAAAUAAUUUUCCAAAUCGCUUUGAAAAAAACUGAACAAUAUCUCAUCACCAUUUCUCAAAGUCCUGAUCGAAAAUACAAAAUAUUUAACAACGCUUCUCAUAAACUAAGACUUGGUGUAAUAUCAAGCCCUACAGAAUUAUCCCGUCAAAGUAUGCGACGUCGAAGUUCUGGAGUUCCUUUGAAUACAGCAGAAAGAGCUUUGAGGCACAGUGAUUCCUAUAGACUUGAGAAAUUAAUGCGUCGAUCUCUGCAGGAGUCAAUGCCCAACUCACAUCUGUAUGAUUUAUCUGAAGACACCGGCAAUCACUAUGCUACUCAAAUGAGAUAUAAGAAGAGUACUAGAAAAUAGACUCUUCCAAAACCCAAAUUUGCCAGCGAUGGUAAAAAAGAUGUCACUUGUAAAAUGAUAUCUGGCACAGUUGUACUGUAAAAAUAUGACUAUAUGAAUUGAACACUUAUUUUCUCAAAGACAAAUAUUGGAAGUUGAAAAAUCAUCCUAAUUAAAAACUUGUAACUUUUGUUAAAUUCUGUAUUGUCUUCUUAUUUAUAUAUGGGUAAAUGACAAUGAAGAGCAGAAUUAAUGGGUUUCAGAAAUGUAUGUUUUGAGUUGUUUUUAUUUUUACCAUACAAGUAUGUAAUACACAUGAAUCAUAUUAAAAAGGACUAACUGAUAGAUCACCUAACAUUGUGAAUAUUUGUAAGAGGUAACAUUAUUACGUUUAAGUACUAGAACAUGAUUAGAACAUGAUAUCUUCUAUGGAUAUAUGUAUGAUGUGAGCAAAAAUGAAA